GCCCAAAAAUUAAAGGAAGUAACAAGUCCCAGAUAAUCUUCUCCUUUCUUUCUUCUUCUUCUACCUCGGUUUGGUCCCGAAAGCGAAUUUGCUCAGAGCUGUGGUGGCCCCUUUUCGAGGGUUUCAGGGUCCACCAGCUUCGAUCUUGCGUGACGUUGAAGGUUCUGGAGUUGCCGAAUUUGACUCGGUAGUCUUUAAUUUGAUCAGGUGUGAGGCGGAAAUCGUUUGGAAAUUUAGCGAAUUGGAAGUGGAAUUUUAGGGUUUAGGGAAGAUGAAGAGGGCGAUAAGGAGUGUAGAGGAUCUGAUCGAGGAGGUUCAGCUUCGAUUCGUUUGGUGGGCGCUGUUUGUCUUCGCUGUUUCCUACUUCUUGACGCAUACAAGCAAAUCGAUGUGGAUGAAUCUGCCCAUAGCAAUCUUACUGGUCGCGGUAUUACGCAUGCUAUUAAAUGAGGUGCAAUUUCACUGGAAGGUUCAAAAGCCUGUUCGUCCGAAAUCAUAUUUGUCUCAUUUGGAGAAGAAACAGUUGUCUGUGAACGACUCACGCCUUUCUACUUCAUUGCCACCGCCAAAAUGGAAAAGGAAAAUUGGUUCUCCGAUCGUAGAGGAUGCAAUGAGAGAUUUCAUUGACAAAAUUUUGAAGGAUUUUGUGACUGAUUUAUGGUAUUCGGAUAUAACACCGGACAAGGAGGCUCCGGAUCAAAUACGCGCAAUUAUCAUGGAUGCUCUUGGUGAAGUAUCAGGAAGAGCUAAAGAGAUAAACCUUGUUGAUUUGCUAACAAGGGAUAUAUUAGAUUUAAUAGGAGAUCAUUUAGAGCUUUUCAGAAGAAACCAAGCUGCUAUAGGUGUUGAUGUUAUGAAAACGUUGUCUUCAGAGGAGAGAGAUGAAAGGUUGAAACAUCAUCUUAUGGCUUCAAAGGAGCUCCAUCCUGCGUUGAUAUCACCUGAGAGUGAGUACAAGUUUCUUCAGCGGCUAAUGGGUGGAGUGAUAGCAGUGGUGCUCAGACCACGAGAAGCUCAAUGUCCGGUGGUUCGAUCCAUUGCCAGAGAACUAUUAACAAGCUUGGUAAUUGAACCUGUUAUGAAUUUCGCAAGCCCUGGGUACAUCAAUGAGUUGAUUGAAUAUGCUUUGGAAAUUGUUAAAGAUUAUAUCUUUAAAGAGGCAGAUGGGGACCAGUCUACUGCAGGGGGCGUAUAUGAUCAUGAUUCUCCGCUGAGGAAAUAUGCUACCUUUAAUCAGAGGACUGAUAUGACCUUGGCUAAAAUUGAAAAUCAGGGAGAAGCAUCCUCGGACUAUAACACAUUCCAGGAAGAUCCUUUGCAGUCGCAGCCUGCUGUUUGGGCACGAGGGUUGGAGGCUGUGACACAGAGAAGGACUGAAGUUCUUACUCCUGAAAAUCUAGAAAACAUGUGGACAAAAGGAAGAAACUAUAAAAAGAAAGAACACAAGAGAAAAAUAACAGGAGUUCAGGAACCUGUACCAAAGGGUUCAGGAGCGCAUGGUGAUGUACCUGCAAAAAAGUUGGGGAAUGAAAUGAUAGCUAACAGGCAUGAUAUUUCUACAGGAGAGGAAGAUAGAUCUAUUUUAAAUCUAACCCAGGGGGCAAGUUUUGACACCCAUUUUAGUGAUGCGACUAAAAAGGAGUUGCGGUUCUCUUCAGAUGUCAACAAGGAAUCAAUUUCUAAGGAAGGGCAUCUUGUUGAUGAGUCGGAUGACGAUAGAGAUCAUGCUGCUAAUGGAGUUAAAAGUAGCCUCAAGCGAUCAAAUAGCACUUCUGCUUUGAAAAUACAGCCUGACACAAAAAAAGCUUCGACACAAGGUGGAGGUUCCAUCAUUUCAGAGUUCUAUAGUCCUGAAUUUGGCAGGCAUGUAGAAGGGCAUUUUGGUAAGAGUGCCUCAGAUAUGGUAGUCCGCAGUGUGGGACAAGUUCCCAAGCUCAGAUGCCGGGUUAUGGGAGCAUACUUUGAGAAACUUGGGUCAAAAUCUUUUGCAGUUUAUUCAAUUGCAGUGACAGAUGCAGAAAACAGAACUUGGUUUGUGAAACGAAGAUAUAGGAAUUUUGAGCGACUACACCGCCAUCUCAAAGAAAUUCCAAAUUACACCUUACAUUUGCCCCCCAAAAGGAUAUUCUCAUCAAGCACAGAGGAUGCUUUUGUUCAUCAGCGAUGUAUCCAGCUUGACAGAUAUCUCCAGGAUCUUUUGUCAAUAGCGAACGUUGCUGAACAGCAUGAAGUUUGGGAUUUUUUAAGUGCUACCUCGAAGAAUUACUCAUUUGGAAAAUCUCCCUCAGUGAUGAGAACUCUUGCAGUGAAUGUGGAUGAUGCUGUGGACGACAUUGUUCGCCAGUUCAAAGGGGUUUCAGAUGGCUUAAUGCGUGCCGUUGUUGGUCCAUCCACUUCUGAGGGCUCAUCUUCAAUUCCUGUGUUGAACUUGUCCUGGAAUGCCGAAGAGACAAGUGAAAAUGUUUCUAGGCAAAAUACAGGGGAAACACUGAGUAGCUUUUCUGAUAAUGAGCCUGCCGAAAAUGAUCAAAGUUGUGACCCUGUGGAAUUCAGAUCUAAUGCGCAGGAUAGUGGGUGGCAUUCAGACAAUGAAUUGGACUUUAAGGGCGGACAACCUUGGAUUAAACAUUCGAGAAGCUUAGGGUUGCAGAAGAAAGUGGUUGUGGAAUCUGGGGGUGGCAAUGAUGUCUUUCCUAGAGCAAUUGGUCCAGUAACCUUCAAUCCUUUGGAACUGGAGGAUCCAGUUGGAAUGCCACCUGAGUGGACUCCACCCAAUGUUAGUGUACCUCUGUUGAAUCUAGUGGACAAGGUAUUUCAGCUUAAGAGAAGGGGAUGGCUAAGAAGACAAGUGUUUUGGAUGUCAAAACAAAUACUACAGUUGAUGAUGGAAGACGCUAUUGAUGACUGGCUCUUGAGGCAUAUUCAAUUGCUUCGGAGGGAGGAUAUUAUAGCUUCAGGAAUUCGAUGGCUUCAAGAUGUUCUAUGGCCCAAUGGCACAUUCUUCCUUAAGGUUGGUAAUGCUAAAGACGAACAAAACUCUCUUCCAACUACGAACCAAUUUGGUGGCAGUAAGGUUGGUAAACCAGGUUCUUUUGAGCAGCAGCUUGAGGCUGCUCGGAGAGCUAGUGAUCUGAAGAAACUGCUCUUUGAUGGAGCUCCAACAGCCUUAGUCAGCUUAGUCGGAUAUAAGCAGUACAGACGUUGUGCAAGAGAUAUUUAUUAUUUCACUCAGUCUACUAUAUGCGUGAAGCAACUUGCAUAUGCGAUACUUGAGUUAUGUCUUGUGUCAAUAUUCCCUGAGCUACGGGAUCUUAUUGUUGAUAUUCACGAGAAGACGCACAUCGAUCAAACUGUACGGUGAACUAGUAUAUACUCGCUGCAUACUUCAACUUGGUUGUCGCUGGUUUUCUUUCCCGUGAUCACAAAUCUCAAAAGAUACCCUGGUACGUAUCUUACCGAGGUAGAUGGGACAAAGAAGAUUCGAUUUUCGUGGCAUUGCCUGUGGUCUUCGUUUUAGUGAUUAGCAGGAACCAUGACCUCAAAAUUUACAAAAUUCUUUUGGAAAUGUGAGAAGUAGCUUCACUGUCUGGCAUUUCAACUGUACAAAAAUGUAGAUGGUAGGGAGAGGGUGUACAGGCAUCUGUCUUUUUUGUGUAUAUCUUGUGGGGUUUUGCUUUAAUGUUGCAGAAUGAAGAAAUGCAAUCAGCAGUUUUUCACUGUCAAAUAUUCA